GUUAAUCGUACUGCACAACCUUCGCUACUCAUUCAGUAUCAGUACUUCCAAACAAACAUUGUUUAUGGCUGAACCUGCGUCAAAGUAGGACAAACGGACUGAAACGCUUUCUGACUUUUUAGCUCAGCCAUGCUCUCCAGAUCCUCUGGGUGAUCCCCCCUCUGUGGAAGUAUGGCAUCCGAGAGAGAGGACCCCCCAACGGAAACGGGGCCCAUCCCGCUGGACAUCGACAAUGUCCACAUGCUGCUACAAGUGGAGCAGGAGCAAAUUCAGAAGAGAACUUUCACCAACUGGAUCAAUGCUCAGCUUGCAAAGAGGAAGCCCCCCUGUGUGGUGCGUGACCUGUUCCGUGACUGCCGGGAUGGGUCACUGCUCCUGGACCUGCUGGAGGUGAUGAGUGGUCAGCGCAUGAGUCGGGAAAGAGGCCGAGGCGUGUUUCAGCACCGGAGUAACAUCGAGUCUGCCCUGUCCUUCUUGCGGAAGAAAUCGAUCAAGCUGGUCAACAUCAACAUUCCGGACAUCAUCGAUGGCAAGCCUUCCAUCAUCCUGGGUCUGAUAUGGACAAUCAUUCUACACUUCCACAUCGAGGAGCUGGCCUCUGGGCUGUCCUUCAGCUCCCGCCAGUCCUCCAUGGAGUCCCUGGCCAGCCUGGACACCUGCUCCACCAGCAGCAGCCGCAGCGGCAGCGCCAGGAGCAGCCCCAUGCCCCGGAGAGGCUCCCCCCUGCACCAGCGCUUCCGCGUCUCCGCCAAGAAAGCCCUCAUGCUGUGGGUCAGGGAGCAGCUGCACAAGGCUGGCUGCACCCUCAGUGUUAAGGACUUCAAGACCAGCUGGCGCAGUGGGGUGGUGUUCCUGGCCGUCCUCUGUGGUCUUCGCCCUGACCUGGUGGACCUGUCCAAGGCCGAAAACCGAUCAAACAAGCAGAACCUGGAGGAGGCCUUCCGGAUCGCCGAGCAGGAGCUUCGAAUCCCCAGACUGCUGGAGCCAGAGGAUGUUGAUGUUAGAGACCCGGAUGAGAAGUCCAUUAUGACCUACGUGGCCCAGUUCCUGCAGUACUCCCAAGAGAUACCUGCCUCUGAGGAGGACAUGCAGGUGCAAUAUCUGACUCCACCUCUCUCCCCUGUCAACCUGCCUACCCACUACACUCCUGCCAUCUCUACUUCACCUCUGCGCCAGGCUCACCUGCUCCAUCCCACUCCUAUCAGAGCAGCACCUUACCAAAAACCUGAGUCCUCCAGAUCUUCUCCUUCAGGGACCUCUGCCAAUCAGAAGGCCCGAGAAGUGACCUGCUGGCUGGCACAGGCCUAUCAGGAGCUGAUUGAGGGGUGGGACUCCACAGAAGGCGAAAGCUAUGCAGAGCGAUACCAUGUGUUCCAGACAUUCGUGGUGUCCUUUAAUGAGCAGCGGCGGCCGGUGAUGCCCCUGCUGACCGCCAUGCGACGCACGCCCCAGCUGAGCGAGGAGCAGCGUGCCCUGAGAGCAGCCUGGGACGCCCUGGCUGAAAAGCUGCGGGAGUACAAGACUGAGCUGGACCUGAGUCUGCCCAGUCCUCUGGACUCGGUGGGCAGGUGGCUGCUGCGGGCGGAGGGGGCGCUGACAGACGAAGACAAAGAUACGCAGGACCACGCCCGGGCCGCAGAAGACGCCCGAGAGAAGCUGGAGCUCCUCAAGACCUCAAUGGAAGAAAUGGGCCAUCACCUGAAAACCUAUAACUCCUUCAUGAACGUGGACGAAUACCACGCCAUUCUGGUUCCAACGGACAAAAUGGACGAAAUCAAAAGAAGGUUCACCAGCGUCCGUGUCACAGCCAAGUACCACGGGAUCAAACUGGAGUACCAGGAACAGCGGCACACAGCCCUGGACCUCCUGGGCCAGCUCAACAGCAGACUGAGCUCCUGGAACAGGCCCUACUGCUCCCAAGAGGGGGUUCGAGUGCUGCUCCAGGACUGGCAUGAGGCUGUGGACAAGCAGGGCCUGGUCUCUCUGUUGAAGGCUGCUCUUCUAAAGCUGAAAAUUGUUGCUGCCAAAUACACUAGCAAAUCUGCCCUGGCUGCAGACUCCGAGAAAAUCACCAAGCAGAUGAAGGAUCUGCAAGGCAAGAGUGCCAGGUGUCUGGAGGCGGUGCCAGUGGCAAAGGGCACAAUGAGCCGUGUGAUGUCAGCCUGGGACUCUUACUGUGACUGCCUGAGCUCUCUGCAGGCCUGGCUUGCCCAGGAAUCACAGUCCUAUUCACAUAGAGCAGAGGUGACACCUGAAUGUAUGUCAAAGUGGAGCAGCCGCCAGGCCCACCUGAAUGAAGUGGGGAACUUUCUCACAGAGGUGACAAGUCCGCAGACCAGCCGCACCCUGGCAGACGAAAUGCGCAAAGUCAACAUGCAUUGGGCUGACUUUGUCAAGAGAACCACAUUUGCUGGAGCUUCCCAGCCCAGCACCAGCCCCCACAGCCCCCAAGCUGUGCAGGCACUCUGCCGCGAGGCCAGUCAGCUGUUGAAGGAACCAGUGGAGGCUUUGUCUGGCCCUUUGCGUACCUACAGAAAGAGGCUACAGUUCAUGAUGAAGAAGAUAAAAGAUGUGGACAGUGACGCUCUUGCCCAGUUCCCAGACUGCUCAGCUGAGACUUUGCAGAAACUCAGACACACACUCCCUGAGGUGGUGAAGACACUUUGCGGAGCAGAGCAGGUGUGUGAGGAACUGCAGCAGAGUGUGUCCAGCCUGGACGGACGGCUGGCAGAACUUCAGCACUGUGAAACUGAGGCCAGGGAUCUCUACGAGCUCCUGAAGCAGGCAUGGAAAUAUGGCCAGAACCAGGACCCCAGGGCCAGAAUGUUCAUCUCUCGAGCCUUGCAAUUAGAGGGGCAAGUAGUGACUGAGGAGCAAGACCUCCAGGUCAUGGUGAUGACUGCACAGAAGAACUCUCCUCUACAGUACCUGAUUGCAACUGCAAUGCAGGACAGGGUCAGAGCAGCUGUUGCACACUCACAGGAAGCUGUUGGGAUGCUUAGCUCAAUUGGGGCUAGACGAGACCGAAGUCCCACUGAAGAUCAGCCUCCUUCUAAGAUAUUCAUCCAAUCACACAGAGAGGAAGUGCCCCAAACCCAAACUGGCAUCAAAUUUCACACGGUCACCCAGGCCCAGGUCAUGAUGACUGAGACACAAUCGCUGCCUGAGACCCACGAUAUGCAUGAGCCCCAGCCUAAAGAGGAGCCCCUGCCCCAAGAACUUCCCCAGCCCCUCGGUCAACUUGAGCCUCUAGUACAGCACCAACCUCUAGCUCAUCCCAUACCUCUUACAAGGCACCAGCCCCAGCCCUCACCUCAUCCUCAGAUGCAGACUCAAGAGCCCCAAGUUCUGGCUCAGCCUGCUGCUCUGGCUGAGCUCCAGGCCCUGUCUCAGCACCAGGCCCAACCCCAGCUGCAUCCCCAGGCUGUGCCUCAGAUCCUUAUCCAGCAUUACUCAGAGUCCCAACCUCCACUACAAACAUUCACAUAUGCACAAGCAGUCACUCGCUCACUGCCCAAGCCACACUCACAGUCACAGCCUCAGGUAGAAACCCAUCCACAAACUCACACCACAUUUCACACCCCAGUUUCUGCCCAGGCAGUGUCUAAACCUCAGUCCUACACUGAGGAUCCAGUCCAGCCUGACACUAAGGCCUCUGUCCAGCCUCUACCACAACCCCAACCUCAUGUGAUCACCCAGGAUACAACUCAGCACAAAAUCAAGCCCCAUGUCCUUACACUAACACAUGAUCAACCUUUUCCCCUAGCUUCACCCAAGUCCCCAGUUCCUGAUUACCAUUCCCAGAUCUCUGCCCAGUCACAGGCUGAAAAGCUCCAGUCACGUGCCAAGAAUCGACCCUGGAUGCAAAAAAAGGCCCAAACGCAGGUUCGGACACAGACAACGGUAGCGCCACAAAAGAAGAUUCAGGAGCAGUCAUUAGUUCAUACCCAGACUCAAGUCCGAACUCAGGCCCCAGUUCAGGCUCCACCCAAGACCCAGGCCCAGGCUCAUCCUCAGACCAAGGUCCAGGUUGAACCACAGGCCCACAUCCCGAUUCAUCCCCAAGCCCAGGUCCAGGUUGAACCCCAGGGCCGCAUCCCGAUUAAUCUCCAAGCUCAGGUUCAACCCCAGGCCCACAUCCAGGCUCAUCCUCAGUCCCAGGUCCAGGUUCAACCCCAGGCCCACAUCCCGAUUCAUCCCCAAGCCCAGGUCCAGGUUCAACCCCAGGCUCACAUCCCGAUUCAUCUCCAAGCUCAGGUUCAACCCCAGGCCCAUAUUCAGGCUCAUCCUCAGCCCCAGGUCCAGGUUCAACCCCAAGCCCACAUCCCGAUUCAUUCCCAAGCCCAGGUUCAACCCCAGACCUACAUCCAGGCUCAUCAUCAGGCUCAGGUCCAGCCUCCACCCAACACCCAGGUCCAGCCUCCACCCAACACGCAGGUCCAGGCUCAUCCUCAGCCCAAGUUCAAGGUUCAACCCCAGGCUCACAUCCCGAUUCAUCCCCAAGUCCAGGUCCAGGUUGAACACCAGCCUCACAUCCCGAUUCAUCUCCAAACCCAGGUUCAGCCCCAGGCCCACAUCCAGGCUCAUCCUCAGCCCAAGGUCCAGGUUCAUCCGAAGACCCAGGUCCAAGUUCAACCCCAAGCCCACAUCCCGGCUCAUACCCAAGUUCAGGUUAAACCCAAAGCCUACAUCCAGGCUCAUACUCAUGUUCAGGUUAAACCACAGGCACACAUCCAGACUCAUACCCAGAUUCAACUUCAUCCUCAGGCCCAGGGUCGACCCCAGAUCCAGGUACAGGCUGAACCACAGACCCAGGUCCAGGCUCCACCCCAGACCCACCACAUCCAAUUUCAUCCCCAGGCCCAGGUCCAGACUCAAGCAAGCGUUGAACCUCAGUCCAGGUCUCAGACUGAAGUCCAAAUUAAACCUAAGGUUCAGGCUCAGGCUCAAGUCCAGGUCCAGAUUCAACCCCAGUCCCAGAUCCAGGCUCAGCCGUUGGUCCAUACCCAGAAUCAAGUGCAAUUUCACCCCCAGACCGAGUCCAAGAUCCAGCCUCAGCCAUGGGUUCAUUCCAGAACUGAAGGAUCGCCACAGGUUUAUCCACCAACUCAGUCUCAGGUCAAUCCUCAGCCAUGGGCCAAGGCCCAGGCUGAAAUUAGGGUUCAAACCCAUCGUCAGGUCCAGUCCCAGCCAUUAAGCCAGACCCAGGCCCAAUCUCAAAUCCAGCCCCAGUCACGGACACAGAUUGAGGAACAAGCCCAAAUCAAGCCCCAGCAAUUGCCUCAAUCCCAGGUACACACCCAGGUUCAGCUUAAGCCAUGGACACUGAAUACUGAAAUAAAAACAUUUCCACAAACAUAUCCGCCGACCCACAGACAGAUCGAGCCUCAGUCAUGGGCCCAGAUUCAAGACCAGACUCCAUCCCAGACAAAGACCCAAAUCCAUGUUCAUGUCCAGGCUGAACCACAGGCCCAGACCAAGUCUCAGGUUCAGGUUGAGGUCCAGCUACAGCCACUUGCCCAUGGCAAAACUGAACCAAUGCCUCAAGUUCACCCAGAGGCAAAGGCCCAGCCCCAGGAUCAACCCCAGCCCCAAGCUGUACUCCGUACCAAGGCCCCAGCCCUGGCACAAGCCCCACAUCAGGCUUAUACCGAGGCUUAUAGCAAAGCACAGGCACUGGCUCGAGACAGAUUUGAGGAAGCUAAACAUUGCCUGCAAGACCACAUCCUGGAUGCUAUUACAACGUUCCAUGACACAGAAAUCUCAGAAAAGGAAAUGGAAAGGAAGGAGGAGACCAAGAAAACAUUGGACACGGAACUCCUUGAGGAGUUCCUGAGAGCAGCAGAAGGCAUGGAGGCAUUCUGCACUGUCGCUCAGCUGAGAGACCUGGAAUUCUUCACCGAGUCAGUGAGGACACAGUGGGAGGCUGUGCGUUUAGAGAUAGAAGCAUUUUCGAAGCACUUACAGUUUGAGGUUGAGCGAAGAAACUUUCACACAGCUGCUUUGCAAUGCGAGAUGCAUAUUAACAAAGAGAGAUCCAGCGCUCACUCUAAUCUUGUUCACAAGCACCAGACCUGCUUCUCCCCGGAGGGAAAUCUGGCCCUGGCAGGGCGGCAGCUGGAGGUCCUGAAGGAGCUGUGCGACACCCUGAGCCCAGAGGAUGCCCACCGGCUGGCCCAGGCCCAGCUCCAGGAGUGUGAGAGACGACUGGCAGCUAUUCAGCGGCAGUUCAGCGGAGACAGGGAGCCACUGCCUCUCGACACCGGGCACCCUGCAGAGCCUGCUAAAGACAGGGCUGAGCACAGAGACUCUGCGAUGUUGUUAGACGCUCCACGUGACAAAGCCAGACCUCAGGUUACCCAGGUGAUUAUCGGGGCAGACACAGUGGAGGUGAGGAAAGCUGAAAAAAUUGUAAUUGAAGAUCAGACUGCCAAACUGGAGGCAUUGGGCAGAUAUGAAGGUUCAAGAAAUACCUUCCAGGCCCAACUGGCCAAGAACAAGCAGAGUCUACAGUCAUUUCCCACAGAUGACGUCUCUGCUGCUGAUUUGAAAAUCCACCUGCAGGAUUUGGAGGCUCUGCAGAAGGAGUCGGAGAAGCUCUGGAGUGAGUGUGAGCUUCAGGCCUCCCAGUGCUCCAAGUUCAAAGGGGAAGAGCAUCGAUUGGAGCAGGACAAGGCUGAACUGAUGCAGGAGUGGCAAAGACAGCAGAUCUUUCUACAGGGGAGGAUGAAGUCCCUCCAAACAGCAGUUGAGCUGAUUGAGCUAAGGGAGAAACAGAUCGGUCACAUCUCUGAGCGCCUGGACGAAUACACCAGGAAACCCAAGGACGUCACGGCUUUCUCCCUUACAGACGCCCACUGCCUGCAGGAUAUAAAGGCCCUGGAAGAGGACAUCCAGCAGGAGAUGGCCCAGCUGUCCAGGCUGGACGGCGAGGACAGCGCGGCUGUGGGGGACCCGGACCCCGCGGUCCGGCUGGCUGUGAGCCGCGCGGCGGCGGGCUGCAGGCGGACCCUGGAGCAGCUGCGGCAGCAGGUGAAGAAGAGCGAGGCGGCGUCGCGGGCGCUGGACCGCUUCCUCCUGUCGCUGCGCGCCCUGGCGCAGGACGUGGACGGCACGCGGGCGGCUCCCUGCGAGGACGGCGAGGUGCUGCGAGACUGCCGCGCGCGUCUGACGCGUCUGCGCCAGGGCGCCCGCAGCAUGGCCGGCAAGGCCCCGCAGCUGGACCGCCUGCUGGAGGGAGCCGGGCUCAGCGUGACCCAGGACGCCGGCCCGGCCUCCUGCCUGGACGUGGUGUCGGCGCUGGAGGCCCGGCUGGAGGAGGCGGACGCGGGCCUGGCCGGGCGGCAGCAGGGCCUGCGGAGGGAGCAGGAGACGCGCUCCCUGGGCCUGAGGAGGAGGACGCUGAUGGGGGCGCUGAUGGAGCUGCAAGAGGCGGCCGAGAGGCAGGGCCUGAAGGAGCCCACGCUCCCCGCCGUGCAGCAACGCAUGCGUGCACUCACUGACGUGGAGAGCCGGCUGGCUGGGCACCGCACAGAGCUGGUCAACCUGCAGACCGCUGCUCGGGAGGGUGAUAUCAACCUGGAGGAGCUGGAGAGCCAGUGGGAGGACACCCAGAGAGCUGUGAACGAGCGACAGGAGCAGACCCGUGUGCUAAUGGAACUGCUAAAGAAGUUCCAGAGCUGUCGCAGUCGCCUUAGCAACACGCUGCAGAGGGCGGAACAGACCGUCAGUGAGCAGGCUUCUUACAUGGGCAAGGAUAACCUCCAGAGGCUCAUAGCCACGGUCGAUGGGAUAAAGGAGGACUUGGCCAGCCUUGGGGAGGGGGUUGAGGAGAUCAGGGGAGUGUGCAGGCAGCUGCAGUCCCAGCUGAAGAAGAUCCCCGAGUGUGCGGACGCCCCGUUUGAGAGCGAGGCUGACGCCCUGGUGGACCGCUGGCUGGACGUGACAGAGAAGACAGACUCCCAUAUGGACAACCUGCACGUGGGGCUGGAACUGUGGGACAAACUGCAGCUGCUGGGGGGAGAGGUGGACAGCUGGAUGAACAGAAAGAUGUCCAUGUUUGCCGAAGAGAGACACCCCUUCCAGUGUGAGGACGAGGUCACAGCACUGCAGGAUGAGAUCCAGGCUCAGGAUGAGAACAUUGAGCGUUUCCACAGGAAGUCCUCUGAGAUCCAGCAGCUCCUCCAAAACAAAGAAUCUCCGCUGGAGCUGCAGGUGAUGGAGACCCAGCUGAGGAAGAAGAUGGAGCAGGUGAAGGAGCUGUUCGCCGACAACAGCGACGUGUUUCAGGAGCUGAUGGCGGUGAGGCGGGACAUCGCCGAGCGGAUCUCCGAAUGCCAGUCCUCCCUGCAGGCCAUCGAGGCUGCUAUGAGCACGCUCAGUGCCACAGACAACCCCCAGCUCCUCGCCCAGAUCCAGGAGCUGUCGGAGCGCCUGCACUCAGAGGCUGAGCAGGCCGACUCCCUGCUGAAGGAGGUCAGCCUCAUGGCCGGCGUGGCCAGUCCUCACGCCCUGCGGGCCCUCACUGCUGAGGGGGCCCGGCUGAAAGAGAGCGUCCGGCACGCCCAGGAGCUCAUCGUUCAGAAGAAGGAGCAGGUGGAGAGAGGCUUCCUCAGGGCCAUCAAAGAUGACUGCCAAGCCUUUGAGGAGUGGUUCCAGGACCUCCAGCUCUCUGUGAACGAGUGCUUUGAGAACCCAGAGCAGAGGGAGGACGUGGAAGCUUCGCUGCAGAGACUGACUCAGGGAUUCUUGGGGUUUAAGGAGGGGGAGAGGAGGCUGGCUCGGCUGAAAGAGCGUUUGGCCAACGCUGGAGAGGAGCUCCACUCCGACCAGCUGGAUCCACUCAGUGUCUUGCUGCAGGACCAGGAGAAGGAGCUGACCACAUUCAGAGCACACUGCCAGGACCGACACAACCACCUGGAGGCCUGCCUCGGCACACUCAACAGUCUACGGGAGGAAUACAGCCAUAUGGACACAUGGCUGCAAGCAAGAGAACACAAGCUAGCACAAGGGGAGGAGCUUAACCGCUUGCAAGAAGAAGUUCUCAAAGAACGUGACCGUAUAGAGGGUCUCACCAGCCUGGUGGUUGCAGUUCGUGGACAAGGCCUGCGGAGUGAUAGGCUGGUGAGAGAAAGUGAUGACCUGCUGCAGCGGUAUCACGGUCUGUUGGCUCGGCUCGACAGCCAGGCAGAGGCCCAGAGCACCCUGGUCAGGGAGACACAGGCGUUUGAGGCCCAGGCAGAAAGCACCAGAGCCUGGAUUGGAGACCUGCAGCAGAGGGUGAAAUCUCUGGACAAAGGCACUGUAGGAACACAGGCUGAGAUUGAAGACAGAAUGCAGAAAGUUCAGGCACUUCUCAGCACCAGGUAUGAAGGAGAAUCCAAACUGCAGGGUCUGAGGUGGGGGGCACAGAGGCUAUCCCAGCAGAAAGACCUGGAGAAGGGCAGGAGGUGUGGAGUCCUGCAGACAGUGAAAGAUGCUGAGGAGCAGUGGAGAGGAGUCAUGCAGUCUGCAGAGGAGCUGCUCGGACAGGCAGAGGCCCAGAGCGCCCUGGUCAGGGAGACACAGGCGUUUGAGGCCCAGGCAGAAAGCAGCAGAGCCUGGAUUGGAGACCUGCAGCAGAGGGUGAACUCUCUGGACAAAGGCACUGUGGGGACACAGGCUGAGAUUGAAGACACACUGCAGAAAGUUAAGGCUCUUCUCAGUGUCAGGUAUGAAGGAGAAUCCAAACUGCAGGACUUAAAGCAGAGUGGACAGAGGCUAUCUCAGCAGAAAGGCCUGGAGGAGAGCAGGAGGUGUGGUGUCCUGCUGUCAGUGGGAGAUGCUGAGGAGCAGUGGAGAGGAGUCAUGCAGUCUGCAGAGGAGCUGCUCGGACAGGCAGAGGCCCAGAGUGCCCUGGUCAGGGAGACACAGGCGUUUGAGGCCCAGGCAGAAAGCACCAGAGCCUGGAUUGGAGACCUGCAGCAGAGGGCACAGUCUUUGGACAAAGGCACUGUGGGGACGCAGUCUGAGAUUGAAGACAGAAUGCAGAAAGUUCAGGCUCUUCUCAACACCAGGCAUGAAGGAGAAUCCAAACUGCAGGACUUAAAGCAGAGUGGACAGAGGCUAUCUCAGCAGAAAGACCUGGAUGAGAGCAGGAGGUGUGGGGUCCUACAGACAGUGGGAGAUGCUGAGGAGCAGUGGAGAGGAGUCAUGCAGUCUGCAGAGGAGCUGCUGAGACAGGCAGAGGCCCAGAGUGCCCUGGUCAGGGAGACACAGGCAUUUGAGGCCCAGGCAGAAAGCACCAGAGCCUGGAUUGGAGACCUGCAGCAGAGGGUACACUCCCUGGACAAAGGCACUGUGGGAACACAGGCUGAGAUUGAAAACAGAAUGCAGAAAGUUCAGGCCCUUCUCAACACCAGGUAUGAAGGAGAAUCCAAACUGCAGGACUUAAGGCAGAGUCGACAGAGUCUAUCCCAGCAGAAAGGUCUGGAUGAGAGCAGGAGGCUUGGGGUCCUGCAGACAGUGGGAGAUGCUGAGGAGCAGUGGAGAGGAGUCAUGCAGUCUGCAGAGGAGCUGUUUCAGGAUGUUGGAGAGCUGCUGAGACAGGCAGAGGCCCAGAGUGCCCUGGUCAGGGAGACACAGGCGUUUGAGGCCCAGGCAGAAAGCACCAGAGCUUGGAUUGGAGACCUGCAGCAGAGGGUGAAAUCUCUGGACAAAGGCACUGUGGGGACGCAGGCUGAGAUUGAAGACAGACUGCAGAAAGUUCAGGCUCUUGUCAGUGCCAGGAGUGAAGGCGAAUGUAAACUGCAGGACUUAAAGCAGAGUGGGCAGAGGCUAUCCCAGCAGAAAGGCCUGGAGGAGAGCAGGAGGUGUGGUGUCCUGCUGUCAGUGAAAGAUGCUGAGGAGCAGUGCAGAGGAGUCAUGCAGUCUGCAGAGGAGCUGCUGAGGUAUCCGGCCGUUCUCAUGGCAGUUGUCCUGGAGCUGUGGAUGUUGGAGAGCCUUGUGGAGCGCCUGCUGUCAGGCCUCUACCAGAAGCAGCAGGCCCAGGACCGUGUGGAGCAGCUCCAGCGGCAGACUGCUGACCUGCCCCGGCAGUUCCCCUGGCCAGGGCUGGGUGACCGUCGCCUGGCUGUGGAGCACGUGCGGAGCCUGCUGAACCGCACCCGGGCCCUGCCCCCUGCCCUGUCUGAGCUCCAGGCCCAGGGUGUGGAGCUCUUCCAGCUCACUCAGGACCCCAGCUGGAUCGACCCAUCCUGGGGGGCCCUGGAGAAACGCUUGCCCCCACUGCUUAAAGAACUGACGGACGUGUCUGGGAGUCUGGAAGAGGGGAUCCAGACGGAGCGGCACUGUGCUCAGCUUGUGGAGCAGCACAGUGCUGCUCUGGACUGGCUCCAGGAGCAAGUGCGGGGAUUAGGGCCACUACCUCACGACAGAGCCGGCCUACAGAGCACCAUUAACACACUGAAGGCCCUGCUGCAGACUGCUGACAGGGAAGGGAAGGAGAUGAGAGAGCUGGACGCUGUGAAAGCCUCCCUUCUGCUCCUGUGCACUCCGAGCGGCCAGACCUCCCUGCAGGAGGAGGUGGGCCGCAUGCAGGAGAAGAGAGCCCGCUCUGACACCCAGGCCCGGGACAGGCUGCGGGAGUGUGAGGCUCGACUGCAGGACAUCGACCGGCAGCUGAAUAGGAGAGCCCAGCAACUGCGAGAGGAGACCAGUGGUCUGCAGAGAGACUUGCACAAACUGGGCCAGAGCAUGGACUGCAGUCAGAUGCCGGCUGACGUUGGCCACCUCCAGGACCAGUGGAACACCCUCAAGCACUGUGAGAGGCCUCUGGAGCAGCUGGGGGUUCGGGUGCAGGAUCUGCAGCAGGCCCUGGCGUCAGAGGUCACAAAUGUGGCGCUGCCCAGUGACGUGGUCUCCGACGUGGCUGUUGUGGCAGAGGAGCAAAGCAGACUGAGGACUCGGCUGUCGGAGAGCCUGGACAGCUGUGCACAGCAUACGAUGCACAGUUUGAGAGACUCUCUUCAGGCCCUCCAGCUGUGGAACAAGUCUGCCCACACACCGCUGUCCUCUGGCUCUACCCAAAACAUGCAGGCUGCACUGGAUGAGGGAGAGAGGCUGAGGCUUGCCCUGAAGGGGGUGCUGUCACACGAACAGUUCCUGAAGGACAGUGUAGGACUGGAGCAGAUGGAAAAGCUGGGCAGAGACAGCUCAGAUGUUCUGAAGGACAGUGGGGUUCACAUCUCCAAUCUCACACACACCCUUCAGAAGAGGAAACAGGAAGCAGUGUCUGAACGGCCCACGUCAGUAGCAGAGCAGCAGCACGUGCUGAACCUACUGGAUACACAGGUGCAGAAACAUACACCUCAGGUUUGCCACAAGACUGAAGAAGUGGACAGUGCACGAUUGAAGGCAGGAGUCAAGCCUCAUGCUGAUAAGGAAGUGGUGCUGAGUCAACAAGAAGUUUCUGUGUCAUCCUGGCCGGCUGACGUCAGUGGCCUCAGAACGGCCCCACAUGAUCACAAGGUCAAAACUGGGCUUCAAGCAGACACCUUGAGGAAGCGUGUUGAGGUAGCAACACCUGGCAUGCAACAGACAGAUUUAUUCACCACUGGAAACACUGACACUCUCAGAAAUGAACUUGACCGUACUCAGCAAGAGAGCACUGAGAUUGCAGUUAUGGAUCGGCGCAGCUCUGAGACUGAGAGGAGUGGGAAGACAAGGCCCAACAAAAAGAAGACUGAGCCUCUUCCUUCAAAGAAACAAGACAGGGAGUUAAGCUACACCAAGAUUUUGGAGACUCAGGAACAUGGUCAAAGAGAGCCCUGUGAAAGCAGAGAUACACAUAAUGUGGAAGAAGUUCCUGUCUGUCAUUUUCCAAAGACUCCUCACCUAAAUGAGAUUCAACAGUCUGACAAACCCAAGGGCUUGAACAUUGACAGUUCUGUCAUGCAGAGCCUGGACACAAAGACUGAACACCCUAAUGCCCCAGAUACUUAUAAGGAGCAUGAGAACAUACAGGCUUUACAGUCAAAGAAAAUGACCACGGUCUUUCUGGAUGCUGACACACUGCAUAUACAGACACCAGAGCCAUUGAAAUCGAAGAGCAGUGAUACACUGCGCAUUGUGUCCUGUGAAACAGGUGGGUUAGACACAAAAUGGGCUCCAAGUCAAACAGCAGAUGCCAAGAUGCAGCCAUCUGACAUUAAAAGGCAUGAAGAAGCAAUAUCUGGAGAUACAUUAAAAUACAUACGCGGCCUGCCCAUCAGUACUUCCCCACACAAGGCCGCACAAGACAGUACAAUGCAGUCGCAUACUGGGGAAGAACCCAGUAAAGCAGAACCUAGUGUUGUCCAUUACCUGAGAGAGAUGCUAGGCCCAGAGUCACAGAUGAGUGAGGAGCCUCACACUAAGCAGAUGCAACCAGUGGAGCAAGAGGCUGACCGGAUAAUCCACGAUGAAACCUCCCUGACCAGUCUUGCUGAACAGCCGCAUGGUGGAGUCACUGAACCCAGGCAGAUUAAAAGUACAGACUACCUCUGGAGCCAAGACACUCAGGAAAUACAGAGAAGGUACCUUAUGUUAAAUCUACCUGAGGUGGCUGAGGUCCAGAAAGUUGCUGCAGAGAAGCCUGAGACACUACUCACAGAGGUCCAGGACCAUGUUGACCAAAUCAAGGGAUACCAGACAGAGUUCAGUGAACCCAUCCAGCUAGACAAAGGCACUAGAGUCAUCCCCACUGAUACCGCCCAGCUGGAGAGAGAAAGGAUCACUAGAGACAUCCCCACUGAUACUGCCCAGCUGGAGAGAAAAGAGAUUGUGAGAAUGAUGCACACUAAUCGCACCCAGCUAGAGGAAGGAAGUCUUGAUACUCUUGAGGCUCACGGGCCAGUCACUGAAACAACACUUGACAGGAACACAGAGUCACCUAACAGGGAGGAACAUAACUCCAGGCAGAUCCACAUACAAAGCCAGCUAGGGGAGCAAGAGACUGACAAGAUUAUCCAGGAUGAAACCAGCCUGACCAGGCUGGCUGAACCACUGCAGGGGGCAACCACUGAACCCAGGCAGAUUAGAAGUACAGAUCUCCUCUGGAGUCCAGACACUCAGGAAAUGCAGAGGAGGUACCUGGUGUUAGAUCUACCUGAGGUAGAGGUCCAGAAAGUUUCUGAGAAGCCUGAGGCUCUACCCGUGGAUGGACAGGUCCAUGAUGAGCAAACCAAGCAGCCCCUAGCAGAGUUCAGUGAAUCCAUACAAGUCGAGAGAAAAAAGAGCACUAGAGUGAUCCCCUCUGGUACUGCCCAGCUGGAGAGAGAAGAGAUUGUGAGAACAAUGCAUACUGAUCACACCCAGCUAGAGGAUGGAAGGCUUGAUUCUCCUGAGGCCCACAGGCCAGUCUCUGAGGCAACAGUUCACAAAACCACAGAGUCACCGAAGAGGGAGGAAUUUCACCCCAAGUUGAUCCAUACCCAACCCCAGCCAGGGGAACAAGAGACAACGAGAGACAAAAUUAUCCAGGAUGAAUCCACCCUGACCAGGCUUGCUGAAUUGCAGCAAGGAGCCACUGAACCUAGGGAGAUUAGGACCACAGACUACCUCUGGAGCCCGGACACUGAGGAAACACAGAGAAGGUACCUUGUGUUAGAUUUACCUGAGCUAGCUGAGGUCCAGAAGGUUUCUGAGAAGCCAAUAAAGGACCAGGGCCAUGUUGACCAGGUGGAGUUCAGUAAGUCCAUCCAGCUAGAAAUGAGAACUAGAGAAAUCCCGUCUGAUACUGCCCUGCUAGAGAAAAAAGAGAGAGUGAGUCCCACUGAGAAGGCCCAGUUGGGGAGAGGAGCGGGUACUAGAGUGAUCCCAACUGAUACUGUCCAGUUGGAGAAAGGAGAGGGAAUUAGAGUGAUCCCAACUGAUACUGCCCAGUUAGAGGGUGGAAGGCUUGAUACUACCGAGGCCCACAGACCAGCAGUGAACAGAACCACAGAGUUCACAGAGAGUGAAAUUGUGGAGCUCCCCCUGCCAGAGUCUGCCACAGAAAAGGACAGCGCACAACAGCAGGCCAAGGUACCUGAAGCUGAGAGAGAGCAUGUUGAGACUCCCAAGACUGUACAUCCAGGGGCCAGGGAGUAUGUAGCCCAAAGCAGCAAUGAAGUGAUGGAAAAAGAUAAGAGUAUGAGGCUGCCAUUCAUCAGUAUGGCACUGGCUGAGCCAGGGCUGGGCUCCUCAGACACUGCAGCAGAGCUCUCAGAAGGCAAAGAAAGCAGGGACCUGGAAAGCAUCAAGUUACCACAGCAGGAAGAAAAGAGCACGAUGAAACUGCCGGCUUGGAGUGAAGCAAAUCAGAAAGUCUCUGAGGAAGGGGCUUCUGAAGCUGGGGAUAUUACAAGGAGGGAGGACCUACCUCUGGAGCUGCCACAUAGACCGACCAUGCAGGAGACCUUCAGUGAGAUACAGCAGCUGGUAGAAACAGGACCCAAUAACUUUGUAAUUGGGGGAAAGCCCCUGUGGGAACCGCUGGGGAGUUUGGACACUUCACACAGAGACCUGGAGACCCGACUGAGCCAUGUGGUCUUCCGGAUCCUUAAUUGUCGGAACCGACCUGCCCAGCUCAACACCACAGCCAUGACCCAGCAAGUAGAAGAGGCUGAGGACUGCAGACAGUGCGCUCAGGAGCAGCUGGCAGCCUUUUCUCGGAUGUGUGAAUCUGAAGACAGGGUCUCGGACACUGCUCAGCCCAUGGAAGGACAAUGGAGUGCUGCCCUAUGGGAAGCCUCUGCCGCGGUGCAAGCCAAAGAAGCCCAGCUCCAGCUCGUCACACAGUAUCACAAGCAGUCGCUGGCUGCUAAAGCUACUCAAGAGAAACUGGCAGCUGAGCUGGAAGCACUGAGAGCAGCCCCUGUGGAAAGCUGCUCGCAGAAAGCAGAAAAACUGCGUGCUGUCCUGUCGGAUUUGGAGCAGGAGAGGACUGUGAUCGGAGAGCUGCUCCAGACAAACACCCAAUUGUCUCCCUACCUGGGGCAAUCAGACAGACUGGUGGCGCACACACUGCUGGAGCACCUGCAGAGGGAGUGGAGAGAGCUAGAGAGGGAUGCGGAGAAGAUGCUCUACCAGGUCUCUGUCCAGAUUCAAGAAAGUGGUGACCUUCUCCAGGAAGCACAAGAGCUUCAGGGCCAGCUUGACACUUUGCAGCAAUCUCUAGGUCCACCCCAGCCCUCAACAGAUCAGUGGGACCGCCAGAGGGCUGGACAGCUGAUGGUCAUGGACUCUUCCCUCACGGCUGCUAACCAGCAUUACCUUCACAUGCAGCAGCAGACCUCUGACACACUUUUCCAGAGAUUUCAGGGAGAGAAAGAGAAAAGGGACAUUGAGCAGGCCCUCCACUGUGUGAAGGAACAGGUGGAUUGCCUACAGGGGCAGAUUUCCAGACAAAUUCCCAGCAGCAGUAAUACCACCCUGGGUAAAAUCAUGAAGGUAAUGCAUGAAGCCUUUACCUGGGCGAAGCAGACAGAGAGUAAUAUUGAGGCCAGUAAGAAGGUGGUACUUCUCCCAGAGGGGGUCCACAGUCAGAUCAAAGGGCUUAAGAAGCUGCAGUCAGAGAUCACGACCAAGCAAUCCCAGCUAGAGUCAUUUGUUGAGGAGGUGAGAGAGCUUAUCCCUGAAUUGGAUGAGAAGGACACUCCUAUGGUACAUUCCUCACUCAACACUCUGAAGGGAUUGUCCAAGUCAACUGCUGAGAAGCUGGCUCGGGGCCUGCAAGACAUGGAGGUAGGCUUGCAGACAAGGGAGAAAAUGUCAGAGCAAAUUGCCGACGUUGACUCCUGGGUGGUGGCCCAUGUUCACAAACAGACUGUGAGGGACACUAUCAGCGGUGGCAGCACAGCAGAAUUGCAGCGCAAGCUCCGCCAGCUCCAGGAGACUUUGAAGAAAGCAGAUAAACAGGCAGCAGUCACAGAGGCUCUUCUCAUGAGGAGUAGAGACAUUGCUCCAGAGCUCACCGUCAUUGAGAACUGUCGACUCAAUGACAAACUCAUAAGCCUCCAAGAGGACAUCAAAGGCAUUAUCAGCUGUGAAAAAAAAAACUGUCGGGAGCUGGAGGCGCUGCUCCAAGCACAGGACUCUGCACGUAAGAAGUUGGCCUCAGUGGAAAUAAGCUUGAGGCAGAUGUUGGUAGACUUGAACAGGUUUAGGUUCCCUAUUACCAGAGACUCGCUGUGUGGUGUCGAGCCUAUAAAACAGAUGAUUCUGGAGCAGAAAAGUCAGGUGGACCAACUGCAUCCCUGCAAGGAGGACAAACGGAAAGAACUGCUGUGUAAGAUUGCUGAGAUGCAGAACAAGGUGAAUGUAUUGGGCCAAAAGGCAGAGCAGCAUGAAAGAUAUUUAUACUGCAGGCAGCGCAUAGAGGAUCUAAAAGAAAAAGUGGAGACUCACCUUAAGGUGAAAGAUGAAAGCAUCAGCAAAGAAGAGUGGUUUAAGAACUGCCAAGCCCUCCUCAUUCAGUUUCCUCUAAUCCAGAACCUCUGUAAGGUGGCUGAAGUGGAGCUGCAGAACAUCUCAACAGAUCUCUACCCAUCUGAGGUGAACUCCGAGCACACGAGGCUCCGCCAAGCUGCAAAGAGCUUCUCCACCUGGGCCCUGACUGUCUCAAACAAUGCUAGUAUCCUGGAAUGGGAGCUGAUAAACAACCUCCACUACCCCACCGAAUACAAGGCCAUGGUGGAGCUUCUCAAAGAUGCCAACCGUGAACUUGAGCAGCCAACACCGGUGGCGUCGGAAGAGCAGGCCAUUGAUAGAGAGUUGUUGAAGUGUGCGACUCUUCGGAGGAAUGUGGAGUCUAGAGCAAGGGUGCUGGAGGCUCUAGAACCCAGGAAUGGAUUUGGACAGAAGGGUCAGGAGCAUAAGACUGCAGACUUGGCGGACCUGAAGAAGAAGACUUUGAAUGGCUGUGAGAUGCGAAUGGAGAACUUAUUCCAGGCUCGAGAGAUGUUAGGAGAUUACAGCAGGUCUGUCAGAGGUGCAGUCAGGUUCCUGCAGGAAGCCGAGACCAGAUUCCUCCUCCCUCUUGACUACGCCGGGAGCUGCCCAGAAGAGCUUCAGCGUAUCCAGCAGGCCCUGGCCUCCCUGGAUGAGGAGUUCAAGUCCUACAUCACCCAGAUCCAGGCCCUGGUACCACAGCACAGCUGCCUCUCUCCCUACCAGGCAGAGCAGCUCCACAGCACAGUCCUGAGCCAGCUCCUUGUGCGGGUUUCCACUCUCCAGGCACAGGCCAGGCUCAGAAUGGAGACCCUGCAGAAAUGUUCCAAAAAGGAGAUAUUGUACCGAAAGUGUCAUAAGGAGAUCUGCCAGCGCUUGAAGACAGUUGAGGCUUCUCUUUCUGAGUGCAUCUCCUACAACGCCAUCUCUUAUAAAGCCUGCCUAGAUCAGCAGGAAAAACUGAAGGCGUUGGUGCUGGAGGUGGACUCUCUGACUGGGAGGCUGGAGGGGCUGAGGGAGUGGUGUCCGGAGCGGGGGUGCAGCAGGGGCAGAGAGGAGGCGCUAAGCACCCUCUGGAAGGAGUGGGCAAGGCUACAGCGCUGUGCCCGUUACCUGAAAGCUCGCUCGGUUCAAAGGGGAGCAGAGUGGAGACACAUCACUAAGAGCGUGGAGAGAGCCACUGUCAUUCUGGACCAACUUCGGGAUGAGUUGCCGGAAUGUUCCAGUGAAAAGGCCACCCUGGAGGAGCUGCAGGAGGGGCUGGUGUACACGGAGCAGUACCAGGAUCGGCUGGACUGCGAACACCGUGCUCUGACCGCAUUAGAGCUCCGAGCCGCACGCCUACUGGGCGUCCCCGCCCAUCAGGAACAGUCCCCGCCUAUCCCACUCUGUCAAGAACUGCAGAUAAUGCAGGGAAGAUUCAAAAACCUGAAAGAGAAGAGCAUGCUGGGCCGGCAGGCGGUGCACUCGGAGGUGCAGGAGCGGGAGCGGGUAAAGGAGGAGAUCAGCGGGGUGAAGGAGUGGCUGGUGGCUGCCGUGUCCCUGCUGUCUGUAAUGGAGGACCUCCCCAGCACUCAGGAACUGCAGGAGAUGCAGGGACAGUUGUGCUCCCAGAAGGCUGUGCUGCAGGGCAUUAUGGAUGGCCUGAAGAUGAAGUACUCUGACAUGUACACGCUGGUUCCUGUGGACAUCGACGGACCGCUACAGGAGGUCAAUCGCUCACUGCUGGAGGUGGAAGAAAAGGUGGGGGAGGCGGUGGAGAAGAGUGGGCCUCUCUGCAGGCUGGGGGGCAAGGUGGAGGAGAUCAGGGUGGGGCUGCAGGUAGUUCUAGCUUCACUGGAGAAGAGGAGCGUCUCAGUGGCUGAAGCUGAGAGGAGACAGAAGCGUGUAUGGGAUGAACUGGACAGAUGGCACUCCCGCGUGGCAGCACUGGAGGUAGAGGUGCAUGACAUAGCAGACGACCAUCCGGAGGCGGCCCACGUCCUGACAGAUAAGCUUAUGGAGACAUUGCAGCUCUACCAGCAUGUGGCCAAACAGGCUGAGCAAAGGACUGCCUUUCUCAGCAAGAUCCAUACCUGCCUUGAGGAGCAUGGGGAGAUGAUCAACAGCUCAAACAACUGGCUGAUUGAGGCUCACACGUGGCUGACUGCACCAUGUACCUACACCACCGCCAAGUGUCUCAGCAGCCAUGUUGACGCCCUGCAGAUGGUGCUGGAUGACUCUGAGCAGAUGAGGAGGACCCUGCAGGGCUUUGCGGCAGUGCUGCAGGAGGUCAGCUCCGUGUGCAACAUGACCACUCAGGAGGAGCUCCUGGCCCAGGCUGACCAACGCGUGGCCAUCAUGCAGGAGAGCAUCGCCAGUCAGCUGUCGCAGUUCCAACACGCUGCUGCUGAGGUGGAAGCCAUUGAGUCUGAAGUGGAAAAGAUGGAGAAAACCCUGAAUAAAUUCAGAGAUAUUUUAUCCUCCCAGGACUCUACCGUUCCCCCUCCAGAGGACCACUGUAAAAAUAUGCAGGUGAUCUUGAACGACACUGAGUCUAUGAAGAGGACUAUGGCUGAGAUCCAGAACUGCAAGCCAGGCUUGUGCCUGCCGGAGGAAGCGGAGGAAUCCCUGACCAUAUUUAAUCGAGCCCAGCUUCUGCUUCAGCAGGUCCAGUCACUGGAGCAGACCAUCACUGAGCAGAACCCAACACUGAAGGUGGCUGUUGAGCAGUCACUGGAACUGGGAGAGCUAUGCACCUCUACCUCAGAGGAGAUCAUAAUACCCAGUCCUACCCUGUCUGUUCUCGAUGAAUUUCAGGAGAUUCACAUAGAGGAGGGACAGAUCCAGAUCGCACAUGUGGAAGAGGAUGUCCUGAAGCGAUCCGGAGCGUCUCUGAUGACAGUGGAGACCUCUCCAGAGCAGGAACAGAGCUUGGGAUCAGAGAGGACGACACAGUUUGCCGAACAAGAAGCACACAUAAUAGGGAUGUCGUUAAACCUGGCUGGCGUGUAUAUCCCUGACAUUACGAAGCAGGAGCUAUGGUAUAUGCCGCUGUCUGAAGAGGAAGAAGACGGAGGAAGCUCGGACUCCUCGUCCUCAGGAACGCUCACUUUCAGUACUCCAGAGGAUCCAGACGAGGUCUUAAUAGAGGGGGAACCGCCCGGGACUUCAGACGCCUCCUUGGAACAGAGCCUAGGAAGAGACGAGGUGUUUGAACCCCAGCCUGACUCAUCCACUCAGGAUAUAGUGGGAGUCACCCUCCCUACAGAAGCAGCUGAGGCUGAAGCUCAUUCAAAGCCUGUGGCCACAGUCAGAACACAGGCCCUCCCUCAAAGCAUGGAGCUCUUGGGACAGAGUGGGCUUGCAUGGCAGGGGGCGGCUAGCCAGCCAGAGAGGCUGAAGACACAGAGCCAAGACACACACGGCACACACAAACCUGCCGCGCUUACACUCAGAGACGCCUCACACACAUUCCCGCUAGCUGCCAGCACCACUCUAGAGGCCCUGAACAGUGACACACUGACUGAGGAGGCACACCACAGCAGGACUACACCUUCUCAGGUGGCCCAAGACACUGGAAGGGCUCCACCUGCUCCAGCGGAGGACACGGGUCUCCAAGAGACCCCCAAGAAACAGCCUCCCCCAGUGGGCUCCCUCAGCGCAGAAAGACAGGUGUCAGAUAUUGACAGUGUACGCAGCGUGCACGCCCUAAAUAAACGCACGCACACACCUGCCAAGCAGACAAUGCAAACACUUGCACAGUCAGCUGAGGGUUGCACCCCACCGGCGCUGUCCAAAGACACUCCUGCUCCUCGGCACGCAGUUCUCACGCAUGUAAAGUCUAGCGACACGGUGCACAAACACACACGGUCACAGGACACACUCAGGCUUCUCCGGGACGAUGCAGACAGCUUGUGUCCGGCUGCACUCCUGGCCUCAGGUGAGCCCUGCCCGGCUCAGGGAGUGCUUCAUGCCUGCCACGAGCAGGCCGACCAGCUGGAGCUUUGGCUGGAGAGAGCCCGGCAGAGCCUUGGAGCCGCGUCAGGGGCAGCAGCCAUGCAGGAUAGCUUCGAGCAGCAGCUCCUCAACUGCCAGGACAUGUUCCUGGAGAUAGAGCAGAAGGUUGCCAGCCUGUCAGAGCUGGGCCAGCAGGAGGUUGCCAGUGGGGCACACCAGCAGGUGGAGGCCCUCUCAUCUAAACUGGAACUGCUCAAAUCCAGUCUGGUCACCUUCCAGAUGUUACUGCAGGAGAGACAGAAUGUGGAACAGGAGAUGCAGCAGGAAGAGCAUCCUCAAGAACGCGUGCUGAAGCGCAGUACCAGUGUUCACGAGAUGCUGACCUCCACCGAGAGCAAGCUCACCAGACAAAACAGUCUGCAGCAGCAGAGGGAGUUGGAACAGGAGCUGAGUGAACAGAGGGACCUGACCAAGGCCAUUGCGAGGCACAGCAGCAGAUCACGUAUGAACAGCCUGUCACAGGACAACCAAUCACAGGCACCAGCCGGGUCUCUUCCUGUCCCUUCAACUGCUCCCGCUGAGGGAGAAGAGGUAUUCACGUCCGAGGAGAAGUGGGCACACCUUCACGCCCAGCUGGCUGCCAAACUGCAGGCCCUGGAGGGGAACGCCAAUCAGGGCUCAUCUGAGGUGACAGGCACAGCGGUUGCCGCGGGUAGCAGUGUUGCAGCGAGAGAUCCCGGAACACACACUGUGCAGGAGCUGCAGACACACACCAUACGCCUCAGAGAACUUGGCCACCUGGCCAUGACCUCACAGACACAGGCCAGCUCAGACGGGGAUUGUGGCCUCACCCUGGAGGAGGAUUUGUAUCGUGAGCUGUGUGGAGUGGAUCUGUCACUCUGCUCUGUCACAGACCUGCUACUGGCCCCCUGUGGGACUUGCCUGGAGGACCACCGGCUCCAUCUGCUGCUGCUGGAGAGCCUGGCUGUGGAGCUGGACAAGCUGGGAAAUGAGUUGGGCUGCCAGGAGUCAGAGGUGUACCAUGCCCUGGGUUCGGUGGCCCCCCUAGCGGCCCCCUGUCAGGACCAUCUGCUGAGCCGCCUGUCCGUCAUCCAGACCCACCUCUUGUCCAGACAGGCCCAAAUGCAUACGCUCCUGGACCUCACUGAUCAGUGCCAGAGAGAUAUAAGAGGAUUGCAUGAGUCCUUGCUUGGUAAAAACUUGCUUUUGAACCAAACAAUUAAUGAAGCUUCAGGUCACGACCACCCUGGCAAACAGUUUCAGGCUGUUCAGCAGCUCCAGCUGGAUGUGCUGCUGCAGGAGACCCAGGUGUCUGCACUGAAGGGCAGGGUGGAGAGCCAGAGCCUGCCCACUGCUCUCAUAGAGGAAGUUCACAAGCUGGAGGAUGUGCUGGAUAGCGCCUGGAGCUCAUUGCGGGAGCGGCGGGGGGAGCUGAGGGAGAGCCUGGAGCUUCAGCAGCAGUACGAGGGGCUGCUCCAGGGGCUGGCCAGCCUGGCGGAGCUGGGCAGGGAGCGUCUGGGCCGGAGCCUGGGCUUGGUGGAGCACAGCCGGGCCGAGCUGCAGGACCACCUCAGCCGCCAUCAGAGUUAUUUCCAGCGCCUGGGGUCACACCUGGCUGCGGUGCAGCACUUCUCCCUGAGGGUCCCGGACAGCGAGCUGCGCGGGCGGGAAGGCGCUCUGGCACAGCUGGUGCAGGACGUCAGCGCUCUCCAGCGGCAGGCCCUGGAACACGGGACGCAGAUGCGCACCACGCUACAGACAUGGAUGCACUUUGAGGAGAACUGCAGCAUGCUGGGAAGGCUGCUACAGGAAGUGGAGUCCCGGCUGCCCAGCGUGGGCCUGGUGGAGGAGACUGAGGAGCGACUGCAGGAGAGGCUGUCCAUCUACCAGCAAAUGAAAGGAGUCCUGGAGGAGAGCGGGGCCCGGCAGUGCCUGGUCCUGGAGCAGGGGAGGGGGCUGCAGGCGGGGGGGCGGCGGAGGGACGUCACCGCGGCCCUGCGGGAGCUGGAGGCUCGCUGGCCGGCCGUCCGGGGGAGAGUGGAGCAGGACGCUCUCCGUGUGGACAGGCUGAGGAGGAUCUGGAGCAGGUUCCGGCGCGAUUCAGUGGCACUCAGCGAGUGGCUGGCCGAAGCCAGGGAGCGUCUGCAGAUGUGGAGACAGCGCUCUGUCACGGUUCCACCGCAGGACCUGGAGCAAAUCCGCACUCAUCUCGCCCAGUUCCUGGUUUUCUACAAGGAAGUGGAGGCAAGGUCAGUGCUGAAGGCGUCGGUGGUGAGCACAGGCACGCAGCUUCUGCUGCUGAAGGACACAGACACAGGCUCCCUGCAGACACAGCUGACACAGCUGGAGCAGGGCUGGGCCCAGGUGCUGUCUGCUCUGCCUGCCAUCCAGGAGAGACUGCAUCAGGCGUUGAUGGAGAGGGUGCCAUCACGUGAGGCCAUAGCAGAGCUGAACACCUGGAUCACUGAGAGGGAGGUCAUGCUGGAGGAUGGGUUAAAAUGGCUUCCCAGCCACAAGGGCUCUGCUGCCAGCCUCACCCAGGAGCUCCAGCUCCUCAAGGAGUACAAGUUGGAGAUUACCUGCCACCAGCUCACUGUGGACUUCGUCAACCAAUCGGUUUUACAGAUCAGCAGCCCGGAUAUCCAGACCAAGCGCUAUGAGCGCACUCAGUUUGCAGAGGAGCUGGGCUCCCUCAAUGAGCGCUGGCAUCACCUACAGGGGACCCUGAGCUACCAGACUAGACACAUGGAGCAGCUGCUGCAUAUCUGCGCAGACCGGGAGAAUAAACUGCAGCAUCUGCGCCGCUGGCUCAUUGGCCAGAGGGAAAGGAUGCAAUUGGCUGAGAGGCCUGCCAGUCGUUCUUCAGCAGUGAAAGCCCUGAAGGAGUGUGAGGAGACAGAAAAGAAGCUGAAGCUCAAACUGGCAGAGCUGCAGGUGCUGAGAGAGCUGUGUCAGUCCCUGGAUGAAGGCACGGAACAGGGGCAUGACUGUGAAUUUAUCACACAGACCGACACUGUCAAUCAGGCCUGUGCAGCUCUGCAUGAGCAGAUGGUGGAGGUGAGGCAGAGGCUGCAGCAGGUCCUGGAGCGGUGGGGUCUGUUUGAGCGCAGGCUGAACGAGGCUGCGCUCAGCACAGCCAAGGCCCACUACAUGUUGGAGCAAGAACGAAGCCCCCAGCUUUCCUUCAGCGCUCUCCAGAGCCAGGCCAAUCAACUACAGCUCCUGCGGGAGGAACUGGAGAGGGGUGAGAUAAUAUGGGACGCUCUGACUGUGACCUUUUCCGCUUUGCGGGACAUGGUCAGCCCUGCUGCUGCACGUCUCCUGGCUGAGCAGCUCGAACGGGAGCAGACACGGUGGAGGGUGGUGAUCCAAGAGCUGACGGACGAGCAGCUCAGGGUUAAGGGCCUCCUCCAGCGCUGGCAAGGCUACAGUCAUCUUUUUGCCGCCAUUUCACGUCGUCUGAAACGGCACGAGGAGGAAACCAAAGAGCUGCUGAGUGCAGCGCCCUGCCAGGACGACUCUGUGGAGCUGAUUCAGGCCCGCGCGGAGGCCAUUACUGGUCUGCAAAAGUGCACAGAUGAGCUGCAGAAUAGUGUGGAGGAGGUGCUGGAGGCUUCGAGAAACCUCAUAGGACAGAUGGAACCCGGAGCUGCUGUCUUCAUCCAAUCAGAGAGCCGUCUGCUGGCACGCAGUGUUCUGCAGUUGGCCGAGGCACUAGCAGGGAGAAAGGAGCAGCUACAGGAGGAACUGGAGCAGCUGCAGGAGCUCAGUAGCAGCCUGGACUUCCUGGAGAAACACCUGAAGGACUGCGAGGGCAGAGUGACUGUGGCUCUGGACAUUAGCGACGGGGAUUUUGCUAAGACGGACCUGUUAGCGCUAAGCACGCUGUCUCCGGACCUGGAUGUCUUGAAUGAGCUGAGCUACCGCCUGUCCCUCAGUGACCCCGUUUCCCGUAGGCUGCAGACACUCAACAGACGGUGGGCACUGGCCUCCUCCCUUGCGCUGGAGCAAUGCAGUGAGCUGCAAGCAGAGGUGUUGAACCAGCAGAGUUUUGAGCAGAAGUGUGAGAGCUGGAUGGGUUUCCUGCAGAGCAUGGAGGACAACCUGGCCGUAGACAUCGCCGGCAGUUACCCUGGCUUAAGGGAGCAGCUUCGCAUACACCAGAGGUUUCAGGUGGAGGUGUCCAUCGGGCAUCAGAUCCUGCACUCGGUCAUCAACGAGGCGCUGAAGCUGCUGGAGAGAGGGGAGGUGGAGGACAGGAGUGACUUCAUCCUGAAGCUGUCCCAGCUGAAGGAGCAGUGGCAGGGGGUGAUGCGGCGGGCUCAGCAGCGGCGCUCCCUGGUGGAGGGGCUGGUGAAGCACUGGCAACUCUACACCCGCAGCCUGAAGAAGCUCAGGAAGCUCCUCAGCGAUGCCCACGCCCUCCUGCCCCCCUCCGUCCCUGUGCACUGCAGUCUGGGCCAGCUGCACACCUCCCUGGAGGACCUCAAGCACAUGGACCUGCUGUUCCAACGCCACCAGAGCUGCUACAUCCAGACCCUGGAGGUGGGCCGGCAGCUCUUCUCCAUGGGCGAUGCGCAGACUCAGGCCCAGCUGCAGACAGAGCUGGGGGCCCUGCAGGAGGACUGGGAGCACUCGCACAGCCUGCUGGGAAAGAGGAGGACCCUCACCGGCAGCAUUAUACAGACCUGGGAGCGCUGCGAGGCCAAGCUAGCCGAUCGCCGAUGCAAGCUGGAGGACAUGAAGGCCAGACUGAAGCAGCUGCUGCCAGAACACCCGGCAGAGCUGCAAACUGCGGAGCAGGUCACUAAGGAGGCAGAGGACUCUCUGGAAGACUGGGCUCAGAGCCUGACGGAGCUGGCCACCAUGAAGACGGACCUGUCCCAGUACAUCAUCGCCGACGACGUGGUGCUGCUCCAGGAGCAGGUGGAGCAUCUACGCUGCCAGUGGGAGGAACUGUGCUUGAAGGUGUCUCUGCGUAAGCAAGAGAUCGCCGACCGACUCAAUGCCUGGAUCAUCUUCAACGAGAAAAACAAGGAGCUCUGCGAAUGGCUGACGCAGAUGGAGAACAAGGUGGCGCACAACACCGAUCUUAGCAUCGAGGAAAUGGUGGAAAAGCUGAAAAAGGAUUGUAUGGAGGAGAUUAACCUCUUCAGCGAAAAUAAAACCCAUCUGAAACAGCUGGGGGAGCAGCUGAUCACCGCCAGCAACAAGACCAAAGAGACGGAGAUUAACGACAAGCUGAAGGACAUCAAUGACCGAUGGCAGCACCUGUUCGACCACAUCGAGGCCAGGGUGAGGAAGCUGAAGGAGACGCUGGUGACGGUGCAGCAGCUGGACAAGAACAUGAGUAACCUGCGCACGUGGCUGUCCCGCAUCGAGGCCGAGCUGGCCAAGCCGGUGGUCUACAGCGUCUGCCACAACGACGAGAUCCAGAGGAAGCUCGCCGAGCAGCAGGACCUGCAGAGGGACAUUGAGCAGCACACAGAGGGCGUGGCGUCGGUGCUCACCCUGUGUGACGUCCUGCUGCACGAUGCUGACGCCUGCGGCAGUGACAUGGAGAACGACUCCAUCCAGCAGACCACCCGCAGCCUGGACCGCCGCUGGAGGAACAUCUGCGCUAUGUCCAUGGAGAGGAGGAUGAGGAUUGAAGAGACGUGGCGACUCUGGUGCAAGUUCCUGGACGAUUACUCACGCUUUGAGGACUGGCUGAAAACGGCCGAGCGCACUGCCGCUAACCCCAACUCCGCCGACGUCCUCUACACCAGCGCCAAGGAAGAGCUCAAGAAGUUUGAGGCCUUUCAGAGGCAGGUCCAUGAGCGACUCACCCAGCUGGAACUUGUCAACAAGCAGUACCGGCGCCUGGCCCGGGAGAACCGCACAGACGCCGCCAGCAAGCUCAAGGUCAUGGUGCACGAGGGAAACCAGCGCUGGGACAACCUGCAGAGAAGGGUGGCGGCCAUCUUACGCAGGCUCAAACACUUCACGUCUCAACGGGAAGAGUUUGAGGGGACACGGGAAGGGAUCCUUGUGUGGCUGACGGAGAUGGACCUGCAGCUGACCAAUGUGGAGCACUUUUCCGAAAGUGACAUCGACGACAAGAUGCGACAGCUCAACGGAUUCCAGCAGGAGAUCACACUCAACACCAACAAAAUCGACCAGCUCAUCGUGUUCGGUGAGAACCUGAUCCAGAAGUGCGCCCCUCUGGAUGCCGUGCUGAUCGAGGACGAGCUGGAGGAGCUGCACUCGUACUGCCAGGAGGUGUUCGGCAGGGUGGCCCGCUUCCACCACCGCCUCACCAGCCGUCGCCCGAUGCUGGAUGAGGACCGGGACCUGUCGGACCGGGACACAGACCUGGAGGAUUCGGGGGAGCUGGUGGGGGGUUCUUGGCAGGAGGAGAAGGAGGGCUCAUCCGGGGACUCCCCCAGUCGGCGGGCUGUGUGCCAUCUGCUGGCCCCGCCACUGGAGCGGUCGGGCCGCGAGACACCCGUCAGCGUGGACUCCAUCCCUCUGGAGUGGGACCACACCGUAGACGUGGGAGGCUCUUCCUCGCACGAGGAUGACGAGGAGGCCACCUUCUACAGUGCCCUGUCAGAUGUAGAAAUCACAGAAAGCCCAGAAUCCUUUGUUAAGGCUACUACCAAAGCGUUGAGAGCAGCCUCUGGAAAGUCCGCAGCAGAACCCCCCACCUGGCAUUCCCCUGACUCCCAGGACAGGAAGCGUCUGCACAGGGACCUCAUCUGUGGACUGGGCACCUCACCCACACAUUCCAGCACUCCCUACCAACAGGGCUAUGCCAAGCUGAUGAACGAGUGCAGCGACAGAAUCGACAACGUGAAGAGAGUGAAGCUGAUCCUGAAUGACGACGAGCUCCCGGAAGAGCACGGCCUUACUAGCCUCACUACUGCAGACAAACAAUCGGGGGUGAUUGGCCGAUGGGAACUGCUUCAGGCACAGGCUCGAAGCGAAGAGAUGAGGGUCAGACACAACCUGCAGCAGUGGCAGCAGCUGAACUCUGACCUCAGUGACAUCACGGCCUGGCUGGGUCGGGUGCUGCCGGAGCUGGACAGACUGCGGAAGAGGGAGCCCCCCAGCACUGUCCGAGACAUGGAGGGCAACAUCAAAGAGCUGAAGGAUAUGCAGAAGACCUUUGAAAAAUACAAGGCUGUGAUGAUUUCAGUCAACCUCAGCGGACGGGACUUCCAGCAGGGCGACAGUGCGGAGGCUGGAGAGCUGCAGGCAGGCCUGUGCAGCAUGAACCAGAGCUGGGUAAAGGCCUGCACGGCUCUGGACAGCUGGGAGUCACAGCUGCAGAGCACUCUCAUGAAAUGCCAGGAGUUCCAUGAAACUCUGCAUUCCCUGCUGCUGUGGCUGGCACACACUGAGAGCCGGCGGUUCGCAGUCAACAUCCACGACCCGUCAGUGGAGCUUUCUGUGCUGAGGGAACACAGUGCCACACUCAGGGGCGUGGAGGAGGAGCUACUGGAGCGGCAGCGGGAGGUCUCCUCUCUGCAGGCCAUCUCCUCUCAGCUCCUACUGGAGGCGCAGGGCGAGGACAGCACUGAGGCCAAGGAGAAGGUGCACGUCAUCGGCAACAAGCUGCGGCUGCUACUGCGCCAAGUGGGCCAGGACCUGCAGGCGCUGCACGGGAGGCUGGACUCAAGCUCUCUUACUGGGCCCAAAGAUGCAGUGGACUGCAGUGGCCUGGGAGCAUCCGGCACCCAGCAAUCCGUCUCUAAGGAGGUGACAGGAGAGAGAACACCUGGAGUGAAACCACCAGGAGGCAGAAGGGAUGAGAAGAGGGAUUCGUCCCCACCGAGGUCCUUCUUCUACCGGGUGCUACGGGCGGCCGUUCCCCUCCACCUGCUCCUGCUGCUGCUCCUGGUACUGGCCUGUCUGGUCCCCCUGUCAGAGGAGGACUACAGCUGUACUCUGUCCAACAACUUUGCCCGUUCCUUCUACCCAAUGCUGCACUACACUAAUGGGCCCCCGCCCACAUGAGCAGCACCCCCACCCACUCACCCACCCCCACCCCCAGCACCCUCAACACUGCAGUCAAGCAGGUUGAGCCCUAAAACUGCCACUACUGCGGUACGCAGAGAUUUUUGAGGUGGUGGUCCCAAGGAGAACUGUUGUUUUAUGUCAAUGUAUAUCUCUAUGUAUGAAUUUAGGGAUAUGGAAGUGUCCAGUUCUCUACUGGUGCAGAAAAAGCCAUGCUGUUGGUGCAGUUCCCACGUAUAUAUUUAUUAUCAAUGUGCUGUUCCAUAAAAAUAUAUAUAUAUCAGUGUCAGUGGGUAUCAGCUUUAGGACUGCUCUCAUGUCCAUGAAAGAAAAAAAGAUAUAUAUAUUUAUUUUUGAAUGGGCUUCAGUCACUUGUUUUUAAUUAAUAUAAGUUGUUCUGGGGUCUUUUUGAUAUUUUUGUGACUACCACAGCACCAUAAAAAAUGUAAGAAUAUCUGUGAUUUUCUAUUGUAGCUGUUUUUACUUCUAUUGAGGGAACCUGGAUUUUGACAUUUUUGUACAUAUAAUUUAAUUAGUGUUUUUGUUGUUAAUUUAGGAUGAAGGAUGAUGUAAAUUGUGAACACUGGGUAACAGUAGCUCUAUGGUUGCAAAAAACCAGGAAGGGAGCAAGAAUGGACGGAAGCAUAAAUCAAGUGGAAUUGUAUUACGAAAUUCUUUUUAGAGGCUGCAGGAUACUGUGUUGUAUUUAUGAGUGUAAGAUUUAAAUUAUGACAAAACUGUUGGCAGGAAUAAUACUAUUUGUGUUUUGAUUGAUGCUUUUGAUUAAGUUGUGUCAGUGAAGACAACCUCUACUUGCUCACUGAGUGAAUGUGAGUGUGUAGGCUGCAUUGGCCACAGGUGCUUGUGUCCUCAAGACUCCACCACAACAGCUGCUUUUCUCGAUCAAAUAUACGUGUACUGUAGCCCCAUUGUAGCACUGAGUACUGGUCACUGCACUGGAUGAUGGUUGUACAUUAAUCCUUGUGCUGUGCUGUUGUCUCUUCAUUUGUCUUUCACUGGACUCUGGGCAGUAAUAUCCCAGCUGUAUAGCCAGGAUAGAUGAAACAUAUGACUUGUGUACGACACCCAAAAUAAGGGCCUGUAACCAGCAUCUCAUGCAUUGGGAAAUGGAAGAACAGUGUAGAGUAUGGGAAUUGGUCAGAAAUAAUGUCAAAAAGAACCAAUGUAUUAGAUGAUACUGUUUAUGUCGUUGUCAUGUACAUUUUUACAAGUAAUCGGCUUCAUUAGUGUAAAUAGAAUUUCUACUCUAAGUCCUACACUGGCCUCCUGGAAGACAUAGAAAACAAUGGUGUGUACAGUAUGUGAUUUAUAUUUGAAUGCUUAUUUAUGGGGAUGUACAGUGUAAGCCCUUUUUACUUGACAAUAAAUAUUGUUUGCCAUGUUCAUCAAAAACCCAA